ACAUGGAGACUCCAUUGACCCAGCUGGGUGUCUUUGGCACCUUGGCCGGGGUGCUGCUGGCUUUUAUAACUCGCUCGGGGGAAAUCGAGAAACGCCUGUUGAGGUUGUUUGGCAUCUUCACUCUUGCCCACAUUGCCCUGAUUACCCUGGCUCCAGCCUUGUUACCCACCACCUCAAGCACAUCUGAUAUCGUCCUUCGAGUAUUGUUCCUGGAUGGCGCGCUGUUCACAGGCCUGUUCGGGAAUAUCCUCGUGUACCGCCUCUUCUUCCACCGACUGCGCAACGUGCCGGGCCCGAUCGCAGCCCGUGUUUCACGUCACUACGCCGCCUACCAUACCGUCAAAGAUGCGCAGAUGCACUAUACUAUUCAGCGUCUGCACCAGCAGUAUGGUGAUGUCGUUCGCAUUGGUCCCCGCGAGGUUUCCGUUUGUCGCGCCUCGGCCAUUCAAGCCAUCUAUGGCCCUCCUAGCCGAUGUAUUAAGGGACCCUGGUACGAUCAGGUCACUCAUGAGAACGACAAGAAGACAUUGUUUGCCAUCCGCGACCUCAAGGUGCACAGCAAGCGGCGUCGACAGUGGGAUCAAGCAGCUAAAGGUAUCCAAUACUAUCAUAAUUCCGUGCAGGAACAAAGCAAAAUCCUGAUAGAGAAGAUCCGGGAGCACCAAGGGCGGCCCAUGGACGUUACUAACUGGAUCAACUGUUACGCAUUCGAUGUCAUGGGACACGUUGUCCUGGGAGCGGAGCUGGAGAUGCUGAAGACCGGAAAGAGGAUCCCUGAGCUGCAAAUGAUCGACGAGGGCCAGCGAUACGUUGCAGUGGCCGGCACUAUGCCGUGGAUCCCGCCACUCUUGAUGAGGAUUCCCGGUUUGUCCGCGACCCUCAAUCCGUUCCGGCAUCGCUGUCAUGAAUUGUUUGAUACGAGGCGUGCGUCUAGGGCCAAGUCGAGUGAGCCUAAAGACAUCAUUAGCCGGUUGAUCCAAGGCCAGGAAAAUGGUGAUCCUGGCGCGCCACCCACGGAUCAAGCAAUCAAGGAUGAUGCCUGGUUCAUCAUGUCGGCUGGCAGCGACACGACGGCAUCUGCGUUGAUCAAUACGAUCUAUUACCUCGCGACGCAUCCGGGCGCGCAGGUCCAGCUCCAGCGCGAGAUCGAUGAGAGAUUGCCCGAGGGAAUAGAGGGCUUUUCAUAUGAAAAGGUGAAGAAUCUCCCGUAUCUGACAGCGGUAAUCAACGAGACCCUGCGGCUGAAGCCAUCGGUGCUGGAUGGUCUGGUCCGUGUCACUCCGCCGCAGGGACUGCAGGUGGACAAGGAUCUUCACCUACCCGGGGAUGUGAUAGUGUCAGUGCCGACCUUUACCAUCCAACGGGAUGAGCGCUAUUGGGAAAAUGCUGACCAGUUUCGUCCUGAACGAUGGGCGUCGAUUAACAAUGUGGCCGACGUGCCGUUCAUUCCCUUUUCACGAGGCUCGUAUGACUGCGUAGGCAAGAGUAUUGCCUGGAUGGAGAUGCGCAUGGCUUUGGCGAUGCUUGUGGGAGAAUAUCACAUCCAGCUGGCCGAUGAGGAGCAGCGGGCCUUUGAUGGCAAGGAACUGGAUAACUUCGCCAUGUCUUUACCGGCCUUGUGGGCCACCUUCCGACCCCGUCGGUCCUCCUCUUAGUCCAUCACUCGGUAGUUGUUUGAACUGAAAAUGUG